AUGUCUCCGGACAUCAAUUCUCUACCUCCUUCUCGCUCGGCAUCUGCUUCCCCACGCCAACGACGGACUCUCUCCAGUCUAUUGGACGCCGUUCCUUCAACCGGCGCCAGUUCGACGUCGACGAGCCAUAACAACAACCACUUCAACAGUAGCACUAUGGCCUCCGAGCUACCGCACCGCCAUCACCCGAUCUCGGUGUCGGAGCGUCGCCGAUCUGGAAACGUGAACGUCAACAGUAGUGGCAAUAGGCUCAGUGAGUCGAUCGGCGAUAACCCGUCGGCCUCACCGUCUGAUGGGCCCCGGUCGAAUAUACUCAAUUUUGCCGCGAGCCCCGUUAGUGGCUUUGGUGAUCCUCAUCACCACCGCGCUCCUUCGCUUGGGGAGCUGCAUCAGGAACUAGAGCAGGAGCAAGAAGCCCAGGUGGUAAGGCAGACAGCUUCUUUUUCAGCGUCUUUGAUGGUUGACAAUGCCCAGAACCGGCUUCUUCAAAUUAUCAGGAACCAAGAGCUCCGGAUUCAGCAACUUGAGCAACAGCAACAUCCGCAACAGUCUGCAAUUCUUGGCGACGCUACGAAUUCUACCGAGCACUCUGUCUCGUUUCCCCACACAAAUUCGCUCUCCAACUUUGCGGGCAGCCGAACUUCGACUCAGUUGCCUUCUUCUUUGUCCAGCCGCCGCCCGAGCCAAGCACACUCCCCGAGUCUACGGCCGACCGAUUUAUCCCGGGACGCAUCAGAGUGGGUCGCCGUCCCCGGUGACGGAUUAGGACGGCGGGGUAGCCUAAGCCGAGAGGAAAGCAGCUUUUUCCAAGCCGAAGCCGCGUCGCUUGCAAGGGAAAACCAGAUGCUACGCCAGCGAAUUCGGGAACUAGAACGCCAAUUAAGCGGACAAAGUGCGAACAUCAUGACCUCUUCUCGGAUGUCCGGCAAUGCUAGCGUCAGAGAAUCCCAAGCAGCAAGCGCAGAAUCUGACGAUAUCCCAGUCGAAGAUAAAAUGAUGACUCGAUAUACACCGCAUCGCUCUCUUUUCCAUUCUCCAAGUUUUUUACGAAAACCUGAAAUCAAGCGCCCGCUCUAUGCGUGA